GAGGCCGUGGCCCGGCUCCGGUGCGGUCCGCGCACACGCCGCGCACCCUCAGGCUCCGGGCUCCCGCAGCGGUAGCCGGGCGCGAGCGGAGUCUCUUCAGAGCGUCUCCUCAGCGGGCGGAGGCGGCACGACGGUGUCUCCCGCUGGAGACGGCUUUCUGCUCUGCUCCUCGACGAGCGGCUGGCCGGCCCACCCCUCCUUGAAUUGUCGGGAGGAAGGGUGACCUCUUCUCCGGGACUGGAAACAACCGGGAUUUCUGUGUGUCUGUGUGUGAGGAGGGGGCGGCGGCACGCGCCAGGCUUGGCAGUUCUCUUCUUUCAUCUUCUCCUCCCCCCUCAAGCCCCCGGGAGCAAGUAGAAACCCCGGAACCGCUGCGUCCUUCUCGCCUGCCCGCGCACCCCAGCUUCCCCCGGGAGCGCUCGGCCAUGCUCCCCUCUUUGGGGGAUCUCGCCCCGUUCAGCUCGUGCCCAAGCCCUGGAUACAUUUCUUAAAAAAAAAAAAAAAGAAAAGAAAAAGAAAAAAGAAAAGAAAGAAACAGAAAACGGGAGCCCGGGAGUGAGUUUUUCUUCUAGACGAGAAAGACCGAGAGAGAGGAGUGUGGGGUGUUUCCUGCGCGAGGGGCGGGUGAAGUUCAUUGCCACCCACCCGGUUCACCCUGACCUUCUCGGACCUCGGGUAUCUUUUUCUUUUUGGGGGGGGGAAUCUUUCGGAGAAGGCGAUUUGGGUGCUAGGGCGAGAGCAUGGCCGUGGGGAGGGCUUCCCCAGUCUCUUGAUCAAAGCAUUCCGCUAUUCUGAUUUAUUGCCUGCUUGGUGAGUUAUUUUUUUUUCUCUCUCUCUCUCACUGAAAAGCAGACCUGUGUAUUCAGCCAUUACUUUGCUCGGCGCUGUUCGCAGGCAUCUCCGACCCUCGGUGCAGAGGGGAGCCCCACACUUGGCCCUCCCUCCUAGUCUCCCCGCCCCUUCCCCCCCCCUUUUUUCUCCCCCCUCCUUCCUUCUAUUUUUUAAAAAAUAUUUUCCCUCGCGGUGCAGGAGCAGGAGGGAGGGCUCCGUGUCAAUUUUUCCUCCCUCCCUUCUUCUUCUGGGGUGUGUGUGUGGCGCGGGAGGGUGAGCCGGGGAAAAAGAUCCCCCGGCGUGGUUCAAAGAGCCAUGGAUGGCCCGACGCGGGGACAUGGACUCCGCAAGAAACGGAGGUCGCGGUCGCAGCGAGACCGAGAGAGACGCUCCCGGGCCGGCUCCGGUGCUGCCCCCGGCCGGCCCCGAGCCCCCUCGCUGGCCUCCUCCUCGGGCUCCGACAAGGAAGACAAUGGGAAGCCCCCAUCCUCCGCCCCGUCCCGGCCCAGACCCCCGCGGAGAAAGCGCCGAGAGUCCAGCUCGGCCGAAGAGGACAUCAUUGAUGGAUUUGCCAUGGCCAGCUUUGUUACUUUUGAAGCGCUGGAGAAAGAUGUAGCACUUAAGCCUCAGGAACGUGUGGAGAAACGCCAGACUCCCCUGACCAAGAAGAAGAGGGAAGCUCUUACCAAUGGCUUGUCCUUUCACUCAAAGAAGAGCCGACUCAGCCACCCACAUCACUAUGGCUCAGAUCGAGAAAAUGACCGUAACCUCUGCCAGCACCUCGGGAAGAGGAAGAAGGUUCCCAAGGGACUCAAACAGCUGAAGCCGGGACAGAACAGCUGCAGGGACAGCGCCAGUGAAAGUGCCAGUGGAGAAUCGAAGGGCUUCCACCGGAGCAGCUCGAGAGAGAGGCUCAGCGACAGUUCCGCUCCAUCCAGCUUGGGAACAGGCUACUUCUGUGACAGUGACAGCGACCAGGAAGAGAAGGCAUCUGAUGCUAGCUCUGAAAAACUCUUCAACACGGUUCUUGCAAACAAAGAUCCAGAGUUAGGCAUUGGCACGCUGCCAGAACACGACAACCAACAUGCAGGACCCAUUGUCCCCAAGAUCUCGGGUCUAGAGAGAAGCCAGGAAAAGAGCCAGGACUGUUGCAAAGAACCCAUCUUUGAACCUGUGGUGCUCAAAGACUCUCGUCCUCAGCUCCCGCAGCUACCGCCACAGUCCCUGGUGGAACCCCAGCUCCGAGCUCCAUCUCCAGACCCAGGCUUGGUCCAACGCACGGAGGCUCUGCCCCAGCCUCCCCCCCCAAGUUCACAGCCAGCCCAGGGCCCCCCAGAGGCUCAGCUGCAGCCUGCCCCACAACCUCAAGUGCAACGGCCACCUAGGCCACAGUCCCCUAGCCACCUGCUCCAGCAGGCCCUUCCAUCUGUGCAGCCACACCCGUCUUCUCAGAGCCUCUCUCAGCCACUGUCAGCCUACAACAGCAGUAGCCUGAGCCUCAACAGCUUAAGCAGUAGCAGAAGCAAUACUCCAGCCAAGACCCAGCCUGCCCCUCCUCACAUCUCCCACCAUCCCUCUGCCUCCCCUUUCCCCCUCUCCCUGCCCAACCACAGCCCCCUACAUAGCUUCACCCCCACCCUCCAGCCUCCAGCACACUCACAUCACCCCAAUAUGUUUGCCCCUCCCACCGCCCUGCCUCCUCCCCCACCACUGACAUCCGGAAGUCUGCAGGUGCCAGGACAUCCCGCAGGGAGCACUUACUCAGAGCAAGAUAUCUUGCGGCAGGAGCUGAACACACGUUUCCUGGCCUCUCAGAACGCUGACCGCGGGGCAUCCCUGGGCCCCCCGCCUUACCUGCGGACUGAGUUCCAUCAGCACCAGCAUCAGCAUCAGCACACACAUCAGCACACGCACCAGCACACCUUCACGCCUUUCCCCCACGCCAUCCCACCCACCGCCAUCAUGCCGACGCCAGCACCUCCCAUGUUUGACAAGUACCCCACCAAAGUUGACCCCUUCUACCGGCAUAGUCUCUUCCACUCCUAUCCUCCCGCAGUCUCGGGGAUACCCCCCAUGAUCCCACCCACGGGCCCUUUUGGUUCACUUCAAGGAGCAUUUCAACCUAAGACAUCCAACCCUAUUGAUGUGGCAGCUCGGCCUGGGACAGUCCCACACACUCUCCUUCAAAAGGACCCGAGGUUGACAGAUCCUUUCAGACCUAUGUUGAGGAAACCAGGGAAGUGGUGCGCCAUGCAUGUUCACAUUGCCUGGCAGAUUUACCACCACCAACAGAAAGUCAAGAAACAGAUGCAAUCAGACCCACACAAGCUGGACUUUGGGCUGAAACCUGAGUUCCUGAGCCGUCCUCCAGGCCCAAGCCUCUUUGGAGCCAUUCAUCACCCCCAUGACCUGGCACGACCUUCCACCUUGUUCUCUGCCGCUGGUGCUGCACACCCUACUGGGACGCCUUUUGGGCCACCUCCUCAUCACAGCAACUUCCUAAACCCUGCUGCUCACCUUGAGCCUUUUAACCGACCGUCCACAUUCACGGGCCUCGCGGCUGUUGGCGGCAAUGCCUUCGGGGGACUUGGAAACCCUUCAGUUACACCUAACUCAAUGUUCGGCCACAAGGAUAGCCCCAGUGUGCAGAACUUUAGCAACCCUCACGAGCCCUGGAACCGGCUGCACCGAACGCCUCCAUCGUUCCCGACCCCUCCGCCCUGGCUGAAACCAGGGGAGUUGGAGCGCAGUGCGUCCGCUGCAGCCCAUGACAGAGAUAGAGAUGUAGAUAAACGAGACUCCUCCGUUAGUAAAGAUGACAAGGAAAGGGAAAGCGUUGAGAAAAGACACCCCAGCCACCCUUCCCCAGCACCUCCCCUCCCGGUGAGCGCCCUGGGCCAUACCCGCAGCUCCACCGAACCGACCACCAGGGGUCAUUUGAAUACUGAGAAAGAGAAACCGAAAGAGAGGGAGAGAGACCACUCGGAAUCUCGAAAGGACCUGACCGUGGAAGAGCACAAGGCCAAGGAAAGCCACCUGCCCGAGAGGGAAGGGCACAGCCACGAGGGCCGCGCAACAGGUGAAGAGCCCAAGCAGCUGUCCCGGGUGCCAUCGCCCUACGUCAGGACCCCAGGCGUGGACAGCACCAGGUCCAACAGCACCUCCAGCCGGGAGGCCGAGCCACGCAAAGGCGAGGUGGCCUACGAGAACCCCAAGAAGAGCACCGAGGUCAAGGUCAAAGAGGAGCGCAAGGAAGACCACGACCUUCCUGCAGAGGCACCACAGGCCCACAGGACCUCAGAGGCGCUUCCACCCAGCUCCUCGGCCAGCGCCAGCGUGCACCCAGGGCCCCUGACAUCCAUACCCAUGACCGUGGGGGUGACCGGCAUCCACGCCAUGAACAGUAUCGGUAGUCUGGACAGGACGCGCAUGAUGGCCCCGUUCAUGGGCCUCAGCCCCAUCCCAGGGGGCGAGCGCUUUCCGUACCCCUCUUUCCACUGGGACCCCAUGCGGGACCCCUUGAGGGAUCCUUAUCGUGACUUGGACAUGCAUCGAAGAGACCCUCUGGGCAGGGAUUUCCUUCUUAGGAACGACCCCCUACACCGGCUCUCCACACCCCGCUUAUAUGAAGCUGAUCGCUCCUUCCGGGACAGAGAGCCCCAUGAUUAUAGUCACCAUCACCAUCACCAUCAUCACCCGCUGGCCGUGGACCCAAGGCGGGAGCAUGAGCGGGGCGGACACCUGGAGGAGCGCGAGCGGCUGCACGUGCUCCGCGAGGACUACGAGCACCCACGGUUGCACCCGGUGCACCCUGCGUCUCUGGACGCACACCUCCCACACCCAGGCCUCCUCACACCAGGCCUGCCCAGUAUGCACUACCCACGCAUCAGCCCCACUACCGGCCACCAAAAUGGACUGCUGAACAAGACCCCACCUACCGCGGCGCUCAGCGCCCCACCUCCACUCAUCUCCACAUUGGGGGGCCGCCCGGGCUCCCCUCGGAGGACUACGCCUCUGUCGGCUGAGAUCCGAGAGAGGCCACCAUCCCACACACUCAAAGACAUCGAAGCUCGGUAAAGCCAGGGGGGCAAGGAGAACCUGGGGCAGGGGUGAGAAGUCCCAGAGACAUUCCCCCAAGACUCAAGAGACACCAGCACCCCCAAAACUGUGAGGUGCGGAACCCCAAUUCUUCCCCUGUAAAAAAUAUGUACAGAAACUCCCUUCGGGUUUUGAAAUGUUUUUGUAUAUUAUAUGUUAAAUUUUCAGACCUUUUAGCCAGCCAGGUCUUGUACGUUAUUACCUUUCCUUCCUUUUUUUCUUUUUUUCUUUUUUCCUUUUUUGGUCCUUGCAUAAAAUAUUUGAAUUGGAACCAAAACAGUGAAGACAACACACAAGGAUCUGAUGAUAAUAGGGGGAGGGGCACAUCCGUCCAUCACCCAGAGCUGUCUCUCAGAGGAGGAGGCGUGUAUAUAGACUGUAAAAACAGAUGGCUUCCUGAGCUGAUGGUUCAUAUAUGCAAAAGAUAAACACGAAAGCUUUAUCUGUACAGAUGUAAAUACGUAAAGAUUAAGUAACAUAAUACAUUACCAUUCUUAAAACGUGCUAUUUGCUAAUCUAAUAUCAGCGGACUCAGCCCUCCAAGGAGGCUGUGCGCCCAUCUGUUAAACCCUUCAACUAUGCAAUGAAAACCAGGGCUUUACACAGAAGCCCGACUAACUCAAAGGAGCCUUUUCAAAUCCAUUUACAACAUAUUUAAGGUCAUAUUUUCCCUGAACAAGCGCUUAUGUGACAUGUGAUUUCACUCUGUUUUCCUUCCUUGGUUUUUUGUUUUAUUUUGGCUUUUUUGGUUUUUUUGUUUUGUUUUUCAAAUGGAAGAACACCCUGUUUUUGCAGAUCUGGAACCCAGGAUGGAACUUUACAUCUGAAGUUGCUUCUUGUGGCUUUCCUGGGAAGAAUGGGGGAAGUGCACAAAAUGCACACCCCCUACCCAGAAGUAUAACUAAGAACCAGAAGCAGCCUUGCCCAGGGAAGAUGGGAUUGUUCUGAUGUCAGUCAUCAGAGGCAGGUGGGCUGUGUCUGCCAGAUGGGACAUCAGACUCUCUGGUCGCCUCUGAUGUCACACACAACCUCAAGUGGGAACAUCUUUUUUUUUUUUCUUUUUAAACUGUGUCCUAUCUCAUAACGUGUACACACUUCCUCCUUCCGUCAAACAAUUUAAGGACACCCAAACAGAUCCUGAAAGAAAGCUGUCCAGGCUUUCUCAAAUGAUGGAUAUGUUUUCACUGUAUCCAAUAACAAAUUGAAAGUACACGUAACCCAGCGUGAACCAUUUAUAUUCUGGUAAGGAAUAUUAAGCCUGGAAAAAGAUGAAACAGGCAGACCUUGUAAGAGCCAUCAAGAAUCACCGAGGGGCGAAAGGUGGCUGAAAGCGCGUGUGUGUGUGUGUGUGUGUGUGUGUGUGUGUGUGUGUAGUGUGUGUGUGUUUUGAUUUUUUUCAUCAGUUUUAAUGUCUUCAUGAUACUUUUAUAAGACAUUAACCCUCUUGUCUACAUCUUUGGAGAUAAUAUGACUUUACUAGCCGAGAAAAUACAGUACAGUCUACUCGCCUGUAAAAUACAUGUAAGAAAUAAAAUUAGUCCCAUUUGGCCCUUAGUAUAUGAAAGUGCUAUCUGACGUUGUUAUCCUGUUUUUUUGCAAAAAAGAAAAAGAAAAAAAAAUGUUAACUACACACCAUUGUUUCUAAAAGCAGAGAGAUCUAUUUUAGUAGCCGACUGAAGGUUUAGUUGUGAAUUCAGAUUUUGUGGACACCAGAUGUGUGCAGUGUUUUUUUCUUUUUGUUGAUGUUGUUGUUUUUGUUUUGUUUUUCUUUUUUUUAAAGACAACAACUAAAAAAAAUUCCAAGGAUUAUGUACACUGGAACUGUAGUGGUAGCUCUCAGUAUUGUAAAGAGAUUGUUCUAUUACAGAACUUUUUGCUGUUUCUCUUGUAUGUAAAGUCUUUUCUGGAUCCUAUGCGAACAGGAAAGGGAAGCAACUGAAUCUUCAGCAUGUCUCACUGGGGGAGCUUUCUUGUGUCAUGUAAAUGUGCCAUGUUAUUAAAAAAUGUGAACCAA